UUUCAUUGUAACCUGAUUGUCGAAAGUCACCAACGCCCAAACAGAAAGAAAAAAAAAAAAAAACAGAGACUUCUGAAGAUCCGCUUUUAAAAUUCACGGGUCAUUCAAAAGACCUCCUCCGUGGCACAGCCCGUGCACUGCUCUUAAGAAACACAUAGAUACAUAUUUUUUGCAUAACUCUCUUUCGCAACUGUAGUUAUUGCAGACUUGCAUCUAUCUUUGUACUGAAGAUUUUUGUGCGUUUUCAUAGUUUCUUGAAUUCCUUUGUGAACCUAGGUUUUCACUUCCCCCGACAUCCAAAAAAAAUGGCAACAAAAAUCGAUAAAGAGGCUUGCAGGGAAGCAUACAACCUUGUGAGAGACGAUAACACUGAAAUAAACUGGGCUUCCUUCAAAUAUGAUGGUUCAAUCAUAGUACCAGGGGGCCAGGGCAAAGACUAUGAAGAAUUUAUGAGCCAGUGUACAGAUGAUGUUCGGUUGUUUGGGUUCGUACGGAUCAUGACUGGAGAUGCCAUGAGCAAGCGAGCCAAGUUCACCCUGAUCACCUGGAUUGGGGAGAAUGUCAGCGGUCUACAGAGAGCCAAGAUCAGCACAGACAAGACUCUGGUAAAGGAUGUAGUACAGAACUUUGCUAAGGAGUUUGUCAUCAGUGACCGCCGGGAAUUGGAGGAGGAAUACAUUAAGAAUGAGCUGAAGAAGGCAGGAGGGGCCAAUUACGAUGCACAGGCAGAGUAGGGAGCCUUCCAGAAACCAUCUGCCUGCUGCUACUGCUGCUUGUAAACCAGACAGGGAGAAGAGAAGCCUCUCAAACAGAUCCGCCUCAUUCUCCCACUCACUCUGGCAACAUCUACAACAGUCACCACAAUCAAGAACUUCUCUCUCAUUCUGCUUUAAAGCAAACACUCACUUUAGCAAAUUAAAAGGUGGGUUGCAGAGGAAAUCAAGGAUUCUAGUAGGGCACAGUCAGAUGCUUUUGUUCAAUGGUCUCUCAGUUUUGUUGUGUUUCUGGUAAUUAAUGGAGUUUUGAAAGGCUGACAAAGAUUGCCUCUUUUUCAGCGUUGCUUGUCCGAUUGGCUGGUGUUGCUUCAAGCUACUGGUACAUUCAGAUUUGUGCAGGUGCUUUUUAUUUUUUUCUUCAUUACUGAAGUCUUUUCUCCUCUUUCGUUUUCCCACACAAAUUUUGCAUUCCUUUUAAAAUGGAAUUGAUUCAAUGACUUGACCUGCUAGUAAGUUAAUGCAGUGCACAGUAUUAGUGUACCUGCAGGGGCUCAUUAUCACACCAGUGGAUGUCAAGCUGAAUCGGAGAACUGGAAAGGUGGCUAGACUCCAGUCAGUUAGUAUACACUGGCUGUAAAGAACCUUGCAAGUACUGUACUUCUGUCAGCUGAUGAUCAGAGACUAGAUUGUACCAUACCUACUCUCACAUACUCUAAAUGCUUAACUUCUCAGAGAAAAAUUGGAAAUCCUCCAAAUGAGGGUGCCACCAUUGUAGACCUAAAAGAGUGGAAUGGAUUUUUCCUUUUUAUUUUGGUUCUUUUUAUUGAAUUGUGCUACUCUUCUAGACAAGUGAUCUCCAUACUCAAGUCCAGGGCUAUCAAUAUGGCUUCCAUAAGCCAACCUAAAGCACAAGAUGAUGAUAGCCAAUGUAACAGAUGGGUCUAAAAUGUGGGUAUUGUAUAGCUUGUGAACAAACAAAUGAAGAUCUGAUGCAAAAAUACCUGUACACAUUUAGACAUUAUGUGUAAACAGUAAUCUCCACCACAAGGCUUUCAUGGGUUUCUUUGGAAGGCCCCAGAGGAAGGCUGGAGAGUGUAAUUCUAGAAGAGUACAACAACUUCUUCAAAGGGAGACCUUUAGUAAAAGACUUCAUGAUACCCUUUGGGUUUUUUGCACUUGCCUCUGACAUUUGGUUGAGGCCCUGUGC